AUGAUUCAGUCAGGUCAAGAGGCAGGCAUUUUAGGCGGCAUUAGAAUGAGAGGAACAUCUACUCCGAUCUCUCGUAUCCAGUACACUGAUGACACUCUGAUUUUUAGCGAAGCAGACCCUGUCAAGGUUGGUAACUUGCGCACCACGAUUCAUUGUUUCGAGGCAAUGUCGGGAUUAAGGAUCAAUUUGGCAAAAUCUAAGAUGUUUGGGGUUAAUUUGAAGGAAGAGGAGGUUAGCGUGUUUGCUAAUUCUUUUGGGUGCUCCUCGAUUUCGCUUUUGGUGUCCUUUGUUGGUCUCCCGUUAUGUUUGGGCUUGCCUCCUAAAUCCCUUUGGGAUAAGGUUAUUAAUAGGUUCAAAAGCUACCUGGCCAAAUGGAAAUGUAGAUAUCUUUCUUUGGGAGGCCGCCUCACUCUUAUUAAGUUCAAAGAAGGUGGAGCGGGGAUUAAAGAUCUCAAGAGGAUGAAUAUGGCUCUCCUAGGGAAAUGGAUUUGGAGACUUGGGACCGAGGACGAUAGUCUUUGGAAUAAGAUUAUCAAAGGGAAAUACAGCAGGUCUAUCGGUGGUUGGUGGACCAAGGAUUCUUCUCGCUGUAGGGCCUCGGCCCUUUGGAAGGGGAUCUUAUCUUUGAAGAAGGAUGUGCUCAAAGGAAUCGGUUUCGUCCUAGGUAAAAGAGACAAUAUCCGGUUUUGGGAAGAUAUAUGGGUGGGAGAUGUGCCUUUGAAAGAUGACUUCCCAAAUAUUUUCCGUCUUGCCUCCAACCUUGCUAUCCAUGUUGCUAACUGUUUCUCUAUCUCGGCUAACAAAAUUGAGUGGAAUGUGGCCUAUAGGAGGAAUCUUCAUGAUUGGGAGGUCGAAGAGUACGUGGGCCUCCUUGAGCAUAUUUACAGGGGCAUGCCAGACAUCCAUAGCCCAGACAAAUUAUACUGGAAAGCGGAUAAAUCCAGCAAGUUCAGUUAA